UAAAUAGACUCACCUGCCGGCAUUGGGCAUCAUUAAAUAGAAACGUUCGUUCAAUUAACAACUGCAGUGUGCUGAGGACCCAGACGAAAGGAUACUUUUGCCUUUUGGAUUACACUACCGAGCUUCUAACAAGAUGAAGAACUUUGCUCUCUGUCUGCUGGCCACCGCCUUGAUGAGCUGCUGCCAGGCUGCCCCCCAAAAAGCGGAUGAGCCCAUCGCCAUCAUCAGCCAGGAGUCCAACAUUGAGCCAGACGGAUCCUACAACUACGCCUACGAGACGGCCAAUGGAAUCAAAGCUGAGGAGACAGGAACCCUGAAGAAGGCCACCUCGCCGGACUCCAGUGACGUGAUCAUCGCCAGGGGAUCGGUGUCGUACACCUCGCCCGAGGGCAACCUGAUCACACUGAACUACUCCGCAGAUGACGAGAACGGUUUCCAGCCACAGGGCGAUCAUCUGCCCACUCCGCCACCAAUCCCGCCAGCGAUCCAGAAGGCUCUGGACUACCUGCUCAGCCUGCCCCCGGCAAAGCGUCGUUAGGAGAGGAUUACCUCCUAGAUGACCUAGUUGACCAACGAUUCUGACCAACCUCGAUUACGAUGUGUAUAUGCUGCGCUGUUGCUGCAAGUCGAUUGCUGCCAAUCCUCCAGUACCCCAAUCCCGAUCCCUAGACAAUCACACAUAAGACACAAGCCAAGGGCUGCCACCUCCGCCUCCACCUACUUCUUUUCACACUUAGGAGGUCAAAGGUCGGCCAAAUCCACUGACUGAAGAACACACACUCAAACGGAUGUGAGGGACAACACCACACGAAAACCACACAACAACACGAUGAAACUUAUAGCCCAGUCUGAUAUCUUGCUUUCUUCCACGAACUCUACUCUAUGCGAAUUUCUUCAGAUCUUUUAGUCGCCGGAACUCUGCCAUUUUCGGACUCAUGUGAUAUCGUCGAUUUAUCAAUGAAAUCAACAAAGAAAAUGUAAAAAAAAAUACACGCAAACAAGAAAUUACCUAAAUAAUAUACAGGAAUAUUAUCAACAGCGAACUUUGUGUAAAUAGUCGGUAAAUUAGAAACAUUUACACGUAGUCUUAGCCGAGAUGUCGAUGAGGACUCAGCGGGGAGUCACCUUGUCGCGUCGAGAAUUAUAAAAACUCUUGUGAAGAAAUAUGAUGAUAUUCUUUAGCCUUAGCUGCAAAUAAAGAAUUAAAGAUUCUUUCGAAAAGUAAA